AUGUCAGAGAUCAGCUCUGGCAUCAGAAAACUCUUCAUUACUCCUGAAUGUGAUCGCAUGAGAACUCGAAAGUCACGUGGUUUGACUGAAGAAAUGAUAGACAAAGGAAAGAAAAACUUAACAGCAGAGUUUUUCAAAAACUCGCCGAAGAAAAUGCAAGGAAACGAGGCCAAUUCUAGCGCUGAAAUUUCAAAUCCUGUCUUCGCGAAUGUCAUCCGGUCGAAAAGAAUGAGUGUUUCAGAAGAUGAAGGAAUGGGAUCAGAACCAAACACGCCGGAGUUGCGCGAUAGAGCGCGGAAAUUUGCGAGUCCGGCCAAAGUUUGCUCUAAAAACUUAAUCGCAAUGUUUUCUUCUCCAGAGGGCAUCAAGGGACGAAAUCCUCAGCCUGCAAAAGAUCCAAGAACUCCAGAAAAAGAAGAAACGCCUCAAACUUUCGAUAUUUUGGCAAAACUAGAAGAUCAAAAUUUGCUCCAUAUCCGUGACAAAAUCUUCGGCGCUCUGGAAGCUCCUGAUAUCCACAAUUGUUCGCAAGUUUCAAAAUCGUGGCAGACGUUCAUCACCCGCCGCCACAAGAAAACACUGACUGCUUAUGCGCGAGCAAUGAGAAUUAAAAAGAAGAACUUGAACAGAAAUCGCUCUCCAAAUUGGAAAACUGCUUCGCUGCUGAAAAGUCGAGAUUCUUUCGCGAACAGGGCGCCAAAAAUGUCGCCUGUAAAGUCGCUCAAUACCCAUUCGCCCAUAACUGCAGCUGUUCUGCGAGGCCCAGUGACGAGGAAAACGGAACAUUGGGCGAGAGUCAAAGCUUCUCUCGUAAACGGCGAGCAAAUCUACGCCUACUGCCCUUUCUGCAAAAACUACGCAAAGAAAACGACGACCGGCCGUGGCAUCUGCAUCCAUUCUUCCUGCUCUCGCGUCUUUUGCUGCCUCUGCCGCGGGACACACGGCGAAGGCAUGUGCCCAAAUCCAAAGCCCAUCACGCGCAAGCUCUUUUCUCCCGACAAGACGAAACGUUCUGUCAGACGACUUUAG